GGUUGACGGCAAUCGGCAUCGGAUUUAAUAUUCAGUACAAUGUUUAAGUCCAAAUCAUUUGAUCUGAAAAACGAUGAAGCUGGAAAGCAACGCGAACAUCUCUAUCAACCACGGAAAGCCCAGUGGCUAAAGUACAUAAUGCAGCCAGCUGCAAUUGCCUUUGUUAUUCUUUUAAUAAUCUGCAAUAUAGAUUUCUCAUAUGAUCCUGAUGAGGACAGUGCAAGAACCUUGUCAAGGGCAACGUCUCAUGGAAACUUUGUGCCAAUCUACAAUCAAAAUUUAGUUCAACUAAUUUUCAGCCAUGCCAGGAAUAAAAUGGAUUGCCGGGAUCAUAUAACACUGCGCCUUGAGAACUAUAACUUCCCAAAUGGCGUUAUUAAGAGAAAUAGCUUUCGCGGCGAAUAUACAUUGCAGAGCCUAGUGUUAAGCAAUUGUCGACUGAGGCACAUAGUUGACGGCACCUUUGAUCAGCAAAGUUUGCACAAGCUACAAAAUCUGGAAUUAAUUAAUACCAAGCUGAAGAAACUAACGAAUGAAACACUUCGAGGUCUCUUACAUCUCUCCAACUUUACACUGAUUAAUAAGAGAAAAUCUUUGAGCUGUAACGGACUUCUAUUGCCAGUGGCGCACAGUCUACGAUCCGUAAAGAUAAGCCUGCCCUAUACGAGAAAAAUAUAUGAACCUACAUAUUUCUUUGGUCAAACAAUUUAUGAACACUUAAAAGUUUUAGAUCUUAGCGGAAAUAAUAUCGGAGAAAUUGUGGAAAUGAAGGCUUUUGAGCAUAUGCCAGCUCUAGAGCAUCUUAACUUGGCGAAUUGUCGAUUGAGAAGUAUUCACUUUGAUCUGAGUAACGAGCUUCGAUAUCUGGACUUGAGUGGCAACAAACUAACAGAGCUGAGUGUUCAGUUUAUGUUAGCUGCAAGAGAUGGUAGUAUAAAGCUUAAUCUUGCAGCUAAUAAUUGGGAUUGUAGCUAUGCCAAUGUGGAUGUGUUUGAGCUCUUAAACAUAAAGCCUUGCGUCGAGUCUGUAAGAAAAACACGGGAAUUGAUUAGUGAUGCUAAUAGUCUAGGUGCUUCAUAUGACACCACUGAAGAUAUACAAUCGACAUACGAAACUACAAUAGUAUCAACAACAAUGUCAAGAACCACACAAUCUUCAACUAAGCAACAAGCUCCGCCCAGGACAACAACGCCAACAACUACGCAAUCUUCAGCUAAGCAGCAAGUUCCGGUCAGAACAACUAGUUCUACAACAACUACAACUGAAGCAACCACAAUAGCACCAACCACAAUAGCACCACCGACAACUGAACCAAGCACAUGGAUCACUGAGACGACUCAGAAGACAUCAUCUGACUUGACCACUCCAUGGGAUAUACCAGUGACAACUGAAUCAGAGAACGAUGAAAAUUCUCUGCUCUAUGACGAUAUCGUUUGUGUGAAUGCCCAGAAGGAAAAUCUCGGCAGCACAACCAUUGCCUACAAUGCAAAGAUGACCAUUGUGGAUGAUUCCGAGAGUACGGUUAAUGUGAUAUUGUCUCAAUUCAAGGCGGAUGUCUGGAGCAUUGUGUACUUUUCAAAUGCCAUGGAUAAACCAAUCUUUGGAAUGCUACUGAGUGUAGCUCUCGGUGUACUCGCUGUGUACGCCAUUCUCAGGAUGCGCCCGAGCUGGCUUUGGGGCAGCAAACGGCUGCUGCGCCCGACAUCACAGUCAAAUACAAUGCUUCUGCUGCCAAGAGAAUACGAAAAGGAGGCUUACGAUGCCAUACGCUCUGCCAAUCCGAAUAGCAGCAUUCACGAAUAUGCAUCAUACUACCGACACUUAGAAGAAGCCCAGCUCUAUCGAGGAGGCUCGAAUAAGUACAAUGUACCACCCAUAGAACGUGCGCCAUCCAUACCUCCAUCCGUGCAUAAAAACAAAAUAUCCACAGUUCCUAAUACAUAUACCUAUGAAUCCUUUGAGGUGUAUGAAGAACUUUACUAA